UAUGUGUCUCCCCACCCCUGCAGGCAGCACAGUGACCCCCCCCCAUGCCCGGCCACCUGCCCGCCAUGGCGAGCCCUACGCUGAGUCCCGACUCCUCAUCCCAGGAGGCUCUGUCAGCCCCCACCUGCUCCCCCACCUCGGACUCCGAGAACCUCAGCCCCGAUGAGCUGGAGCUACUGGCCAAACUGGAGGAGCAGAACCGGCUCCUGGAGGCCGACUCCAAGUCCAUGCGCUCCAUGAAUGGCUCGAGGCGUAACAGCGGCUCGUCGCUGGUGUCCAGCUCGUCCGCCUCGUCCAACCUCAGCCACUUGGAAGAGGACACGUGGAUCCUGUGGGGUCGCAUCGCUAACGAGUGGGACGAGUGGCGGCGCCGCAAGGAGAAGCUGCUGAAGGAGCUGAUCCGCAAGGGCAUCCCCCACCACUUCCGGGCCAUCGUGUGGCAGCUUCUGUGCAGCGCUACGGACAUGCCGGUGAAGAACCAGUACUCGGAGCUGCUCAAGAUGGCCUCGCCCUGCGAGAAGCUUAUCCGUCGAGACAUUGCCCGCACCUACCCUGAGCAUGACUUCUUCAAGGGCCAGGACAGCCUGGGCCAGGAGGUCCUCUUCAACGUCAUGAAGGCUUACUCCCUAGUGGACCGAGAAGUAGGAUACUGUCAAGGCAGUGCCUUCAUCGUGGGCCUACUCCUCAUGCAGAUGCCCGAGGAAGAAGCUUUCUGUGUGUUUGUGCGGCUGAUGCAGGAGUACCGGCUGCGGGAGCUCUUCAAGCCCAGCAUGGCUGAGCUGGGGCUCUGCAUCUACCAAUUCGAGUACCUGCUGCAGGAGCAGCUCCCGGACCUCAACACGCACUUCCGCUCUCAGAGCUUCCACACCUCCAUGUACGCCUCGUCCUGGUUCCUCACCCUCUUCCUGACCACUUUCCCGCUGCCUGUGGCCACCCGGGUCUUUGACAUCUUCAUGUAUGAGGGUCUGGAGAUCGUGUUCCGGGUGGGCCUGGCACUGCUUCAGGUGAAUCAGACAGAGCUGGUCCAGCUGGACAUGGAGGGAAUGUCACAGUACUUCCAGCGGGUGAUCCCCCACCAGUUCGACAGCUGCCCCGACAAGCUGAUCCUCAAGGCUUACCAGGUCAAGUACAACCCCAAGAAGAUGAAGAGGCUGGAGAAGGAGUACGCCACCAUGAAGAACAAGGAGAUGGAGGAACAGAUUGAGAUCAAAAGGCUCCGGACAGAAAACCGUCUCCUGAAACAGCGCAUUGAGACCCUGGAGAAGGAGAGCGCGGCUCUGGCUGAUAGGUUAAUCCAGGGCCAGGUGACACGGGCGCAGGAGGCGGAGGAGAACUAUGUCAUCAAGCGGGAGCUGGCAGUGGUGCGACAGCAGUGCAGCUCGGCCACCGAGGACCUGCAGAAGGCUCAGAGCACCAUCCGCCAGCUGCAGGAGCAGCAGGACAACCCACGCCUCACGGAAGACUUCGUGACCCACUUGGAAACAGAGCUGGAGCAGUCCCGGCUGCGGGAGACAGAGACUCUCGGGGCACUUCGGGAGAUGCAAGACAAGGUCCUAGACAUGGAAAAGAGGAACAGCUCGCUCCCGGAUGAGACUAACGUGGCGCAGCUGCAGGAGGAGCUCAAGGCCCUGAAGGUGCGGGAGAGCGAGGCGGUGGCGUCCUCGCGGGAGCUCCGCCAACAUCUGCAGGAGCUGUCGGACACCUGGCAGGCCCACCUGGCCCGCGGCGGCCGCUGGAAGGAGUCCCCGCGGAAGCAGGCGCUGAGCGAGCUGCAGGAUGAGCUGAUGGGCCUGCGGCUGCGGGAGGCCCAGGCCCUGGCCGAUGGCCGCGAGCUGCGCCAGCGAGUGGUGGAGCUGGAGACGCAGGAUCACAUCCACCGCAACCUGCUGAACCGCCUGGAGGCGGAGCGCGGGGCCCUGCAGGAGAAACUCCAGUACCUGGCGGCGCAGAACAAGGGGUUGCAGACGCAGCUGAGCGAGAGCCGCCGCAAGCAGGCCGAGGCCGAGUGCAAGAGCAAGGAAGAAGUGAUGGCGGUGCGGCUGCGGGAAGCGGACAGCAUGGCGGCGGUGGCAGAGAUGCGACAACGCAUCGCGGAGCUGGAGAUCCAGAGGGAGGAGGGCCGCAUCCAGGGCCAGCUGAACCACUCGGACUCCUCGCAGUACAUCCGCGAGCUUAAGGACCAGAUUGAAGAGCUCAAGGCUGAGGUGCGGCUACUGAAGGGCCCGCCGCCCUUCAAGGACCCACUGACCUUCCACGGCUUAGGCCUGGCCCACCACCUGGAUGAGGACUCGCUGCCGUCGUCGGACGAGGAGCUGCUGGGGGUGGGCGUGGGCGUGGGGGCGGCCCUGCAGGACGCGCUGUACCCCCUGUCCCCCCGAGACGCCCGUUUCUUCCGCCGCCUCGAGCGGCCGGCCAAGGACAGCGAGGGCAGUUCGGACAGCGACGCGGAGGAGCUGGCGCCUCCCUACCACCCGGGCCUGGGCAACUAACUGAGGCCGCGCCCCGCCUGCCCGGAACCCCGGCAGCAAAAGGGCAAAAGGUGGGGGGGAGGGGGUGGCUAGAGGACACGGACACAGCCCCCCCACACGCACACCCGCAUCUGCAAGAACAGCGCGCCAGACAGUCGGACGGGAGGAUUUGCCCCACCCAGGGUGGGGGGUCUCCAGCAGUGUCAUCUCUCCCCCCCCAUCUGGGGGCCAGUAACGGAGUUUCGGGGGGGCUGUGCCCCUUAACAGCAAAGACAGAAGUGGGAGGACACCUCCUCCUCCUCCUCCAGGCAGCCCUCCUUGGAAAGAGCAGGAGGCUUGAAGGAGAAGAAUGGGAAGAAGAAGAGGAGGAGGAGGAAGAGAGGGACAGUUUGGGGGAUCGGGAACACUCGGCCCACACGAGUGGAGAGGGACACAUGACCAGACUUGGGGGGGAGCCCCCCACCACCAACAACGGAAACCAAAGCCCCCCCCUUCUGUGUGCGGAGCAGUCAGCUGGGAGGGGUGGGCCGAGCCUCAGAACAGCCGCGGGGAAGUAAAGAGACUUACCCCCCACCCCGCCGCCAUUUUCACCCUAGUACCCCCAUAUGUCCCUCUGUGAGACACUAGGACCCCAUCUGAGCAGUUAAAGGGGGGCUUCCUCCCCACCCCACCCCUGCACCCAGUCCAGGCCCCUCUUCUCUCCCCACCCCCCAGAAUGGAGAAGGAGGCCCAGCCUCCACUUCCCUGGGGUCCUCCCCAAGAGGAAGGCACCUCCUCUUUCUCAUCCUCCACAGUCUCCCCUGAUGAACCCCCAGACCAGUGCCAAACCCCCACCACACCCAUGGGACUUAUACCUCCCCCCAGUCUCUCUCUCUCUCUCUCCUCUUCUCUCUCUCUCUCUCUCCUUUCUCUCUCUCUCUCUGUGCUCCUGGAGCAGAGACCAGCAGCAGCCAGUGUCGCAAAGCAAUCUCCCCGAGCUCCCUGGGGUUCAGGGGGGCCCAAGGGUGCCCACACACACACACACACACACACACACACACACACACGCUCCUCCAGAGUCCCGGUCCCCAUCCCUGGUUGUCCUCUCUCCAGUGUUCACCCGGCUUCCCGGGCGGGGCGGGGCGGGGCCGGCGCCCGUCCCCAAUGCCCCCACCCUCCCCCCUGUCAUUUUUUUUCUUUGCACACUGCCUAUCACACUCCACACAUCUGCCGAGAUGGAGAAGGAUGUACGAAUAAAACGUAUUUACACCGUCA